AUGCCUUUUUGCGUCCAUAUAUCAUUUGGCAUUGACUCAUUUGUCCCAAUGCCUUUGGAAAGUUCACUUUUUCUGUCUAGUUCUUGGGAUUACAAGCCUUUACCAAACCUCCUCACCCCACCUCUCUCCCUCUCCCUCUGCACUGCCUCUGUAAAAUCUUUUUGUGUGCCUCGAGGCUUCGAUCCAAUCUUGAUAUAUUUUCUUGUGCACCUAGCCUGUGAUGAGAUGCAUUUUGAAGGGUUUAGCACUAGUAAAUUGCCCGAACUGGUUAGGCACAAACGUUCCAAGAGCUCCCCAAAUGGCAGUAGACUUCAGGACGAUGAUUUGGAUCAUUCUACCGAUGAAGCUGGUCUACGACAGAAAUUGGAUAUGGGACACUUAGAUAAUUGUGCCAAUGUCAAGAAGGAACAACAAUCUAAUGCUGAGAUUCAAAAUUCUCUGAGGCAAGAGAUAUUGCAUCUUGAAAAAAGAUUACAAGACCAAGUUUCUGUUCGCUGUGCUCUGGAAAAAGUAUUGGGUUAUAGGGUAUCUGGCCAUGAUAUAACAGAUGAAAUCGCAAUGCCUAAGCCGGCCACAGAACUCAUCAAGGAAAUUUCAGUGCUAGAAGUAGAAGUCGGACAUUUGGAACAGUAUCUUCUUUCACUGUACAGGAAAGCAUUUGAUCAACAAAUGUCUUCGUUAUCUCCUACUAAGAAGAAUGAUGUAUUGAAAUCACCCUUGGCAACUCCAAGGAGAAGGUGCCUAGAUUUUUCAAGAUCAGGUUUGAUGUCAGCGAGUGAAAAAUUGGCACCCGAAUUUGAUGAUCAUUCCAAUUCAUGGAAGGAAGGCAUUGGUCAAUAUGAGGAGAAGCUCGAUGAUUCUGGUGUUCAACGUUCUCACUCUGCACUAUCUCAGCGUACAACACAGUCAAACAGAACAUCUCCUCCUGUAGAGGUCUCGUGUAAAGCUGUGCGCGCAUGUCAUUCCCAACCAUUAUCCAUGAUGGAGUAUGUAGAGAAUACCUCUUCAAAUGUGAUUACUCUGGCAGAGCAUCUUGGUACACGUAUUUCUGAUCACAUUCCAGAGACACCAAACAAGCUUUCUGAAGAUAUGAUCAAGUGCAUGUCCACUAUAUAUUGCAAGCUUGCUGAUCCGUCAUUGACAAAUCAAGGCCUUUCAUCACCCACUUCAUCUUUGUCAUCUAUCAGUGCAUUUUCUCCUAAAGAUCAACGUGACUUGUGGAGUCCUGGCUACAAAAAUUAUUCUUCUUUCGAUGUUCGGCUGGAUAAUCCUUUUCAUGUGGAAGGACUGAAAGAUUUUAGUGGACCUUACAGCACAAUGGUCGAAGUACAAUGCAUAUACAGAGAUAGUCAGAAAUUGGGUGAUAUCGAACCCUUGUUACAGAAUUUUAGGUCACUUAUUUCUCGUUUGGAAGUCAUAGACCCUAGAAAGAUGUUGAAUGAGGAGAAAUUAGCAUUCUGGAUCAACGUACACAAUGCUUUGGUGAUGCAUGCAUUUUUGGCUUACGGUAUCCCUCAAAACAAUAUGAAGCGAAUGUUACUACUGUUGAAGGCUGCCUAUAAUGUUGGAGGUCAAAUUGUUAGUGCAGAUCUUAUACAGAAUUCUAUCCUGAAAUGCCGAAUGUCUCGCCCCGGACAGUGGUUUUGGUCACUACUUUCUUCAAGAACAAAAUUCAAGGCCGGUGAUGAGCGACAAGCAUAUGCAAUUGAACGUCCUGAACCCCUCCUGCACUUUGCACUUUCAUCUGGGAGCCACUCUGAUCCUGCGGUUCGCAUUUACACACCGGAAAGGAUAUUUCCAGAUCUAGAAGCAGCAAAAGAAGAAUACAUUCGAGCUACUUUUGGCGUUCGGAAAGACAAGAAAAUCCUGUUACCGAAAAUCGUCGAGUCGUUCACCAAGGAUUCAGGUUUGUGUCCUGCUGGCGUUUUGGAGAUGAUCCAACGUUCAUUACCCGAGUCCCUAAGAAAAAGCAUUAAGAAACGUCAGCUGGGGAAGUCUCGCAAAAGUUUUGAAUGGGUUCCACACAAUUUCACUUUCAGGUAUCUCAUUAUGAAAGAGCUGGCCAAGUGA